AUGUCCUGGAAACUCACCAAAAAACUGAAGGAGACGCAUCUGUCUCCUCUCACCCAAGGGUUUGGCCGAUCGUCAUCCACCUCCACGAUCAAGGGCGAUUCGAACGGUGGUGGCGGUGAUGAAACACCCGCCCCCAACAUCGCCGCUACUCCCACGGAUACUUCAAAUGGCAUUGAGUUUCUCGUAUCCCCCCCUGUGAACCCGGUCAACCCGGGUAUCCUGAUUGUCACCCUCCACGAAGGCCGAGGGUUUGCUUUGUCUCCUCAUUUUCAGCAGAUUUUUAACUCUCAUUUCCAAAACAACUCUUACGCUCCCUCCUCUUUGCGUCCGAGCACCUCUUCCUCGUCACACUCUACACACGGACAAGCUGGUUCUUUCGUGCAAAACAACCGCCCACAGUCCACUAGUGGUGGCAUGAACUCUGCCCCUACAAUCCACGGCCGUUAUUCGACUAAAUAUCUCCCAUAUGCUCUGCUCGAUUUCGAAAAGAAUCAGGUUUUCGUGGAUGCAGUGUCUGGAACUCCUGAAAACCCACUGUGGGCUGGUGACAACACUGCUUUCAAGUUCGAUGUGUCUCGGAAGACAGAGUUGAACGUGCAGCUUUAUCUGCGCAAUCCUGCCGCCCGUCAGGGUGCCGGUCGUAGUGAAGAUAUCUUCCUUGGCGCGACCAAGCUGGAUGCUCGUGACACUGAUAACUUCGAUCGCGAGUUCACUGAGGAGGCCCCACAAGACUCAUUUGUUGACGGUCCUGCGUUGUCAUCGACUGUGCAACAGCAGUUUGCCGGCUGGUCCUAUAACCGACCCGUGGCCGGACUCGGGGAUGCCGGUGGUAGUGUCAAGGACCCAUCCUUCGGUAGCAUCCCGGAGUAA